CGUUACUCAGUACCGAAUACAUACGGUUUGCUACAGCUCUAUUUAAUAUCUUUUCUAUAGUUAUUAUUGUUGUGACUGUUGUACAACGUGCUGAUAAUUUUUUUAUUAAAAAUGAGUAAUAUUAGAUCAGUUUUGAACUUUUGAUUAACUUGGUGCAUUGAUAUCACGACACCCACGCGUAUUCUCCUUCAUUAACAAAAGUAUUUAUAAUUAUUUUUACUCAGUUUACAAAUAAUUUUGGUGUUUUUGAAUAAUGGGUAGCUCAUGUCCCUCUUCUAUUAUUUUUAUGGUAUUGCUCUUAGCCGUAAAUAUUAAAACAUCUGUCACGCAGUUUAGCAAACCUUGGAAUGAUAAAUAUGAAAGUAACAAAUGCCCCAAAUUGUACCCAAAAAAUUUUGUAAACUAUGCUCCAGCUGGCAAUAUUACUGCAGGCAAUUACUCUGAAAAAACUGGUCUCAAGGGAUUGCGGCAGUGUGUAAUGGCUUGCUGUCUGAGUGACACCUGCAAUAUUGUGUUUAUUGUUGAAGCUAGAUGCUUUCAUGUGGAGUGUGUCAGUGAUGAGAUGUGCUUGCCAAUUCCAAGAGUUGGCACAAGAAAAUGGCAGGCCCAUGUGUCCAUGAUAUUUGUGAAACCAGUUCUUCCCAAUGAAAACUGGUCAGACAUAUUAGAUCAAUCUAGCUACUCAGAAGUGAGCAAUGGUUAUUCUCCAGAGGAAGAAACUUUAUAUUCCCCUUACACAAGCCAUAGAAAUGAUAUCAUAAAUGAGGAUGAUGACACCAGUUUCCUAUCCCAUUUUAUAAAUAAUUUGCCAAACAUAGAAGAAGAUGAAGCAAGAACAUUUGAUAAAUAUAGAGAUAACAAUGAUAGUGACAUGAUCAUGGAUGCUAAUAACUAUCUAGACAAAGUGUCAUGUGAUGUUGGAGCCAAUGACUGCCCUUUUAAUUCUGAAUGUAUUCCUUUGGGUAUUAAACCAAAUAAUGGUAUCUGCAAAUGUAUACCUGGGACAGAAGAGAAUGCACAGGGUGCUUGUAUACAAAUAAUAAGACCAUAUGCUAAAGGCCCCACAAUACCAAUUGAUUCGAUAAAAAAGCCUGAUGACGUUUCUGGUACUAAAAUGGAUGAAACCAAAACUGAAAUGUCUACUCCCAAAACUAUACAAAAUUUGACAGUGUCUGUGUCAGAUAAGCAGGUCCAGUUACCUGACAAUGAAGUGACCCUAGCUGCUUACACAAUUCCUGAUGAAAAGGCUACUAAGAGUCAUUAUAACUAUGUGUGGACUUUGGUAGAUCAAUCAAAAGGAGGAUUUACAGGUAACAUGAACCAAGAUGGAGCAACGGUAAAGUUGACAGAUCUCACAGAGGGUCAGUAUCGGUUCAAAGUCACUGUGAAUGGCACCAGUUCAUAUGGAGAAGGUUUCGCCACUGUAACUGUGCUGCCGCUAAAGAGAAUAAACACAGCACCUGUGGUGGUCAUCACUCCACAAACGCAGACCGUGAAGCUGCCAAAUUCUGGGGCUGUACUCGAUGGAAGCUCUAGCAAGGACGACGACGCCAUUAUAUCCUGGCACUGGGAUUUAACAUCAGGGCCCAUUGGUUAUCAACCCCCAUUGCAAGAUGGACCCACCCUCGUGCUAAAAGAUUUGAAACAACCCGGCAACUACACAUUUAGACUCACCGUCGAAGACUCGGAUCAUGUAAAAAAUUCUACAACUGCCAAUAUAACUGUGUUGAAUCACACGGACUAUCCACCAGAAGCCAAUGCUGGUCAAGAUGUUAUCUUAUAUUUACCAAAUAAUAAUCUCACAUUGAAUGGAAGCCUUUCUACUGAUGAUCAUGAAAUUACGUCUUGGGAGUGGACGAAGUCUGCUGAGGAUGAAAACAAGGCUGUGGAUAUGCAAAAUACACAUUCUCCUUAUUUACAGUUGUCAAACUUAUCAGAAGGAGUAUAUACUUUCGUAUUGAAAGUGACAGACUCGUCGGGCCAGUCGUCUACCGCUGAAGUGCACGUGUUCGUGAAACCGCCCACUAACACCCCGCCAGUGGCUAACGCCGGCGCCGAUGUGUUCAUAUCGCUCCCCCAAACGUGGAUCACGUUAAACGGCUCCGCGUCCCACGACGACCACCGCAUCGUGGCGUACACAUGGCGAUGCCUUUCCGGCCCCACUAAUUCUAACAUUGUCGGCUUUAACGAGUCCGUCGCCAACGCCACUGGGCUCACUAAAGGCCAGUACGUGUUCUUGCUGACCGUGCUAGACGACAACGGCAACUCUGCCACGGACAAUGUCACUGUUACGGUCACGCAAAAUAAGAACAGUCCACCGAAAGCGGAUGCUGGAGGCGACCAAGUGCUAUAUCUGCCGCAGCCAGUCCUCAUACUGAAUGGAUCCAAAUCCUCUGACGACUUCAGGAUAGUGUCGUGGAAAUGGACGCGCUCAGGGUCGGGUUUGGCCGCUGGUACGGUCAUACUGAAUUCGGACACACGGCCUGUGUUAUUGCUCACUAACAUAGAACCGGGUAGGUACGUAUUCGAAUUAACAGUAAUGGACGACCAAGGGGAAUCCGGUCGGGACACAGUCAGUGUACAAGUGAAACCGGAUCAACAGGAGACCAACCUCUUAGAAAUGACCCUCAAUAUACCGGUGUCGACUUUCACUCAGGGUCAGUUAGACUCGCUUGUGCAGAAGAUGACGUUACUAUUGAAAGAUGAUAUUCGAGUCAACGUCACUGGUGUAAGGGGACAAGUCGAUACUGGCAAUACUCAACUGAUUUUCUUUCUGUCCAAAGAGGGUAAACCUCUAGAGGGCACUCGAGCGCUGCCAUUGGCUCGUACCGCGGCGACAGUAGAGGAAAGUGCAAGAGUUAGGUCGUUGGCGUGUCUCAGCGAAUGUUCGGGGCGUGGAGUUUGUGAUCGAGCCACUAGAAGCUGUCGGUGCGAUGCAUUCUGGAUGCAGAGCUUGUUCACGCAGUUCGAUCCUGAUGGAAUGCCCGAUUGUGACUGGUCGGUGGUGUACGCGAGUCUUGGCGGCGUGGCGUUGUUGUGCGCUGUGGGCGGCAUCUGCUAUGGCUUCACACGAAUCACUCGCAGACUGUGCGCGCCCAGGAAAUUGCGCGCCAGGCCCAAGUACCGGCUCCUGCCGCUCGCCAAUCACGAGGACACGCCCUUUGCAAAUAAGGACGUAUCAGAAUCUGAAACGGAGUCGGACAUACUGUUCGAGUCCAAAGGGCAAACGACGUCGUUCCUUACGCGCGGCAUGAACGGGGAGGCGUCACAAGCCAACAAUGGCUGGAAGAGAAACGGCCACUACAAAGGCAGUCGCAAGAUCAAAACGUAGCUCAACAUGUUCGUGGCAAACUUCAGACGCAAAUCAUUAUGUAAGUAUUGCUCAUCAUCGCAAUGUGCUACUAAGGGUAGUUGAUUGAUAUGAUACUACUCUCAAUUCAAUGUUUUCUAACAAAUCGAUUUUUACAACGAUACGUACUUAUACGUUAUAAAUAUGCAUGCACAAAAGCAAUUCACUUUAGUGUGUUUCGAAAAGACGAGAAAUACUGUUUCGAUUGUUUGUAUAUAAAAUCUUUGAGGAAUAUAAUGUGCAUAAUAUAAAAUGAUAAGGCUAAUAAAAAAAAACAAUAUUGUUUCUUAAGAUAUCUUAUUUUAUGUUUUUAAUUUUAAAUUACCUAUAGGUAUCAAGAUUUACCAAAUGAAAAAUAUUUACUGAUUUAUUUUUACCUAAUUGUAUUUUUUUUAAUAAUAAAAUUUGUUUAUUUUAGUAUUGAUCAAAGGAAAAUGUGAUUGAAUGUGAACAGAAAAAGUAUCAACGAUCUGAUUAUGUAUUAUUAAAUCACAUGUGCCUGCUAAUAAAAUGCGCUUACCUUACCACUGAUUGUAUGUAUUCAUAUGGGUAUCGACAUGACAACAUUUGUUUGCGAACAUUAUUAUUUUAAAAAUUUUCAACGCACAAGUAUUAUUUUUUUAAUAGUUAAGUUAUAGCUAGUGCAUGUGAAUGUGCUUACAGUUAGGUGGUACAGCUAGUUGUUUUAUUUGGGAAACUAUUAAAGUAUGUGGAACUCGCUAGCUAGUCAUUAUUAGACAUUAUCCUAAUUACCAUAUUGGUCGAUUGUAGUAAGUUAGCUACUAAUAUUGUUGCCAUAUUGACCUUAGAUAUAUUUAAUGUAUGCUAGCUUGCCCUAGCAUAAAUUCGGAUGUAGAUUAGAAAUGAUAGACAUAGCGGAAAAACGAGCCAAAGGAAGCUUGUCAGUGGGAGUUUUUAAGAGCCGGCGCUGUUUUAGGCAAGAGCACGGUGCGGUCGACCGCUCGGCGUGUUUGUUUCAUAUUAUAUCGUAUCUAUGAAAUCACAUAAAAACUGCGCUCCGUGUUCCCGUUUAACGUAGGCUCUAACAGCCGUACUCAGAAAAGUCAAAUUAAGUUAAUGCUUAAUUAAGUCACAUGUUGUCACAUUCUAUUGUUAUGGCCUUAGAUUAAAUCAGAAAGGCACACGAGCCUCAAAAGUGCGGCGCUUAAUUUAGCACUCAAUAAAACAAUAUUGCGGAUGUUAUGUAUAAAAAAUAUAUAAAAAUGCCUUCAAUGUUUAUUAAAAACUGCACAAAUACUUCAAGAACAAGUAAGCUAUUCCACGGCAACACGUUUUAUUCGUAAAACUAUAAAAACAUUUUUUCUCAAAAAUCUAGGUAUGUCAUGAAUGCAAUUUCCAUAUAUUUGCCAUUUGUUAUCAAGAAAAGGACGACGAUACAAAUCAACGGUUUUUAGAGAGAGAAAAGAAAACGCAGUCGGUUACCAAGCGAUGCAGACUCGCAGACUCUCUCGCGCUGAGUUGAAUUGAAACCAUAGAAUAAUAAUUUACAUAGGAAUGCUAAAAUAGAAACUCUUUGGCUAUAUCGGUACUGUUCUAACACAUCUAACCAAAGCGCAGUCAAACACGUUUAAGUGAGACAGUAGAUUAAACUUAUACAUGAAAAAGAAUUAUAUCUUCUAGUACAGUCAAUCUGUAGGUUGAGUGGUGAAAAAAAAACCUAAAGGGUAAGUUAUGUUUUUUCUGUUGCCAAAUGACGUCAGUAAGCCACCUUGGCGAUGGGCAUGUUCAACUCGUAGGCGUUUUUUGAAAAACUCAAAAAAACCGUCAAAAUUUUUUUGAAACGCAUUAUUCUUGUUUUGUAUGCAUUUUAGAAACUUUUUUUUCGACCAUAAUUGUAGAGGGCGUUGAGUGCUACAAUUUAUGUCAUUGUUGCAAUCUCGUACAACAAAAAAUGCGCAUUGUAGGUGGCGCUAAAGUCUCAAAAAAGUGUUUUUUCACUUUUUCACCCUGAAAAUAUCAUUUUAAUGGAAAACUUUAAAUGGCAAAGUUGUAUCGUACAUAAUUACCAACAACUUUUGUAUAAACAAUUUUUUUGUAUUACUUACCGUUUUCAAGUUAUAAAAACAAGAAAAAUGCGUUUCAAAAAAUUUUUGACAGUUUUUUUGAGUUUUUAAAAAAACGCCUACGAGUUGAACAUGCCCAUCGCCAAGGUGGCUUACUGACGUCAUUUGGCAACAGAAAAAACAAGACUUACCCUUUAGGUUUUUUUUUUCACUGAAACGAUAUUUUUUUCGACAGAUUGACUGUACUAUUCUCACUAGCUGUCUCAGCGAACUUCGUACCGCCAUAAAAAAUAGGGGUUGGUGGUAGAUGGGUGAAAAUUUAGUGUUGUAUGUAUUUUUGUAUGUAUCAUAAAAAAAUAAAAACAAAAGAAAAUGUCAAAUAAAAUAAGGGUAGACCACCCUUAACAUUUAGGAGGAUGAAAAAAAGACGUUGCCCGAUUCUCAGACCUACUGAAUAUGCAUAUAAAAUUUCACGAAAAUCGGUCGAGUCGUUUCGGAGUAGUUCAAUUCCACACACCGUGUCACGAAAAUUUUAUAUAUUAGACUAGCUGUCCCAGCGAACUACGUACCACCGUAAAAAAAAUAGGGGUUGGUGGUAGAAGGGUAAAUAUUUAGUGUUGUAUGUAUUUUUGUAUGAUGUAUCAUAAUUGACGACCUCCGUGGCCGAGUGGUUUAUACGCCGGGUUUCAUGGCGUCGCCGACUCGAGAGGUCCCGGGUUCGAAUCCCAGUGGGGGCAGAUGUUUGUGUGAUGAAUACGAGCAUUUGUACUCCAGUCAUGGAUGUUUAAUAUGUAUUUCAUAUAAAUACUAGCUGACCCAGCGAACUUUGUACCGCCCUAAAAAAAUAGGGGUUGUCCAGCGGACAAAAUUGUGAAUCUAAACCAUUCUCAGAUCCCCUUGAACACACACAAAAAAUUUCAUCAAAAUCGGUC